GAACUCAGAACCUGCUGGAGGUGGAGUCUUAAUCCAUUAAGUAGCAACAGAGCAGAGGCAGCGCUGUAAUUUCACACGCCAGUUUUUUUUUGUUUGAGUUGCGUUGCCCCUUUCUGAGCAGUGCCUUGGGAGAUGUGGGACGACCGUCGCUGGGGACUCUUCAAGCGGAACCUUCAGCCCACCCUGACCCUGUGGAGCGCCUUCUGCUCCUUUGGGCUGUGCAUGGCUUUCCUGGGGCCGACCCUGCUCGACCUCCGCUGUCAGACCCACUCCAGCCUGCAACAGAUCACCUGGGUCUUCUUCGCCCAGAACUUCUGCGUCCUCGUCGGGACAAUCAUUGGCGGCGUCUUCAAGAAAACGUUCUCCUGCUCCCUGAGUGCUCUAUUUGUCUCCACUCUCCUGAUAUCAGCUGUGUUCUCCAUCAUCCCCUUCUGUAACAAUGUGAUCAUCCUUGCAUUCGUCUUGGCUGUGGCUGGACUGGCCAUGGGCUGCAUAGACACCAUCGCUAACCUACAGCUGGUCCGCAUCUACCAGAAGGAUUCGCCUGUCUUUUUGCAGGUUCUCCAUUUCUGCGUUGGUUUUGGGGCAUUCCUCAGCCCCAUGAUAGCUGAUCCUUUCCUUUCCGAAACAAAUUGCAUACAGAACAACCGCACUGUGAACGGGACAUUCUCUGACUUGACCCACAUUCGGAAGUCUCUGGUCCCCCACCAUGUCGUCAAUGAGACCCAGUUCGUGCUGCCGACUGACGGACUUGUCAUCUCGCAAGUGUCCUACGCCUUCUGGAUCAUGGCCCUGAUCAAUCUGCCAGUGCCUAUUGCUGUACUUUUCCUGAUGUGUAAGCAGGGAGUUGGGGGUUGCUGUGGAAAGAAAAGUGUACCACUCCUACCAGCUGAGGAACUUCCCCCUGACCUGCAGAUGGACAGAUUAGCUCCAGGACAGGAGAAGACAUUGCAUGCUAAAGAGCCUGAUGGUCUUAUCGACUGCCUCAAAGGACUGCGUCUUCAGGAAGCUCCUUGUACUUUCUUUGUUGUCCACAUUAUUGGGGCUGUCGUGCUUUUUAUGACCGACGGGAUUUUGGGAGAGUACUCUGGGUUUGUAUAUACCUACGCUGUGGAGAAACCUUUGUACAUUGAGCCGAGGGUAGCUGGCUACCUCAGCAGUCUCUUCUGGGCUUCGAUCACCCUGGGCAGACUGGCUUCUAUUCCAGUAUCUGGAAAGUUAAAACCUGUGACUAUGGUGUUUAUAAACCUGGGUGGAAUCAUUGGCACCUUUGUCCUGAUGCUGUGUUUCCCAGUCAGUGUUGUUUGUCUUUAUGUGGGAACAGGACUUCUGGGUUUUUUCCUGAGCAGCACCUUUCCCAGUAUGUUGGCUUAUACCGAAGACAUCUUGAAUUACCAAGGAUGUGCAACAACUGUGCUGGUGACUGGGGCGGGAAUCGGUGAGUUCGCCCUCCAGAUGCUUGUUGGAUCAGUUAUUCAGUCACCUGAAACUGAUAUAUUUCUUGUGUGCGGACUAACGUUUGGCUGUCUUGCUCUUCUCUUCUACCUGGUUCUUAUACUGGUGCACAGACUACACAGUCAUCAGACCAUGGCAGCACCUUCGAAAACAGGCACGAUAGUGGAGUCAAAAUUCUCAUACCAGAGCUGAGGUUUAGCAAGCGACCGGCCACUGUAACAUGCAUUAGUUCUGAAUGGACGUAAUGCAACAUUGGAAUAGACUGAAUGCCAGUACAGGCUUUAACAAUGGACAUUGCUGCGUUUAAAUCAUCACGCAGCUACCUUCGCGUAUUUGAGAAGUGGCAAGGUCGCUUUUGUCUAUACUUCUGUUUUAACUGAUGCGUCUCACUGAUUGAUGUGGCUGCAGUAAUUUUCCUAAGAGAAUGGACAUUGAAGGUAUAAUGUACCAGAGAUCACCUUUAAUAAUCAUGUGGAACCUGAAUUAACUGCUUCAAGUUUUUUUUUAAGUAGAACUGUUUUUUUAAAAAAAAACACACACUUGAUUCUAUCAGGUAAUUGAUCUAUCUUGCUUAAUUCUCUUUUUUGUUUGUUUAAAAUAUAUUGCCAAAUGUGAAUAUAGUGAGAACUUGGAACAUUUAGUUGCAAUUUCAUUAUUGGUAAAAAUGAAGGUUUGUAAAGUAGAUGCCAAUGUACAAAAUCUUAAUGCAUUAGCCUGAAGUUCCUCUUUUUCUAUUUCUUAAUGGAAGACAGUUCAAGUUAAAGGGGUCUGUAACUCCGCUAAAGGUUAAUUGUAUUUUUAUCUCUUUGUGAGAGUGUUUGAGGCUUGCAAGAUGGCAUUCACUGUCCAUCUGAUUUGCUGAAUCAGCCAUGCUGCUGUGGGGCUUGAGAUAUUGUUUCAAUGCCUUGGGACUUUGCUAUUGUAGAUGGUCCUUAUGCCACAGAGACUGUGGCACUCCAAGAUGAACACCCACCAGCAUUUCUUUCCCCACUGAAUCUUUGGGUUGGCAAUUAAUGUCAGCUUUGCUAGCAACAAUCUGCAACUGAAUUAACCAGGUUAUGGUUGCGGCUUCCCUUUCCCGAAGGCUAUUGGUGUUUGGGUUUUUACAACAACAUCUAUACUUGCUCUUUUCCAAUUGGUGUCGACCCAGUCUUUUCCAGAGUUACUACACUCAAUUUCUUGCCAUGGUGGGAAUUGAGCCACCAUGUUCUGGAUGAUAAGUCCAAUGUUAUAGCAGAGAGACGAAUUUCUGGCAAGUCUGUUAAGUAUUUGUGUAUUGGUUUCCUUCCAUUCUCACAAUGGAGGCUACAGAGUAGAAAAGGAAAGACUUGUACAUGGACACACAAAGAACUGUAAUCACUGUUGUAAUGUGAAGAUUGCAGCAACUAUUUGGUAUACAAUAUGGGUAACUUUGUUAAUUUUACUUGAUUGGUUGAGGGAGGAAAAUUUACAAAGAUAUGAGGAGAACAUAAGAAAUAGGAGCAGGAGGCCAUUCAGCCCUACUGAUGGCUUCAUCAUUCAUGUCUGAUCCUCUCCUUUAAGUCCAUCAUCUUGUCUGAAACCUCAACCCUCAAAGGACUAGGGCAGCAAAUACAUGGGAGCACAUCGUCCUGCAAGUUUCCUUCCAAGCCCCACUCACCGUCCUGACUUGAAAAUAUAACUCUGUUCCUUCGCAGUUCUGGGCUGAAAUUGUGGAGUCUCCUUCCUAACAGUAUUUUGGGUCUAACUACAGCACAUGGACUGCAUCAGUUCAAGGAGGCAGCUCACCCUCACCAUUCCCUAACCAGGGAUGAACAAUAAAUGCUAACUCAACUAGUGAUGCCCACAUCCUGAGAAUGAAUAAAUGAUAAGGGCAACUGGUUACCUACAGUAUGUGAGUUGCAAGGAUGCACUGUCUUUUUACAUGGAGAAGUUGCUCCUCGUCUAAGUGGGUGAGAAAUGUAACCCAAUGUCACACUGGGCCAGGCAUUACAGGAGAAUUCCAGUCUAUAGUAUGAACACCAUUCAACAAAGGGAAGAUUAAAUUCUAUGAUGUUCUUGAUAGUUCUUCUGGGUGAGCUGGAUUCCAGCAUAAUCCUAACCCUUUUACCAAAUAUGCAUUCAGAUGGGUUCAUAUUUUUUUGUGGGAAGCCAUUAUUGCCCUCAUGUCUGUACUGUCCCUCCAAUGAAGCAAUUCACCUCCAGCCACUUCUUUACCUUUUCACUGUGGAUUGGACUGUAUUGCUUUAGCAAGUUAAAUGUCAGAAUCUGGUUGCAUUUGUUUGAAGUCAAAUCCAUGUUUAUCAGUUCGUGGACAGUUUCAGAAGAAUAAGCUAAUCUCAUGUUUAGAAAUGGAAAUGAAUUUCAUCAUAGUUGGACAGGUACUGUUGUGUUUGGGGUUAAUGAACAUUCCUGAGACCAACCACAGCAAGCUUACUUCUGCACUUAACUAUAAUUCGAUCUAGUCUAAAUGGGCUUGACAUUUAUCUGACACUGAAACUCUUCCCCCAAACUCGUUACUUAUUCUCUUUGAAAUACUCUUCUGUAGGGACUAGAAAGUCCUCAGGUCAGGUGCAGGACAGAGUAAAAACCCAAGAAGUAAUGGAUUCUAUCUCCAAACUCAACCUCAAUCAUACCAAUGUCUCAUAGAAAAUAGGAGCAGGAUUGGGCUAUUUGGCCUUUUUUGACCUUACUCCACCAUUCAGUAUGAACAUGGCUGAUCAUUCAACUUGAAAUCCUAUUCCUGUUUUUCUUCUCCAUACCCUUUAAUCAUUUUAUCCCUAAGAACUAUAUCUAACUUCUUCUUGAAAACAUUCAAUGUUUUGGCCUCAACUGUUUUCUGUGGCAGAGUAUUCCACAGGCUCCCCACUCUCUGGGUGAAGACUUUUCUCCCAACUGACCUACUCCAUAUCCUUAGACUGUGAUCCCUCAUUCUUGACCCCCACCCCCACUGACCUGGAACAUCCUUCCCACAAUUCCCAUACCUUGUUCUGUUGGAAUCUUAUAAAUUUCUGUGAGAUGUCCCCUCGUUCCUCAAAACUUCAAUGAUUAUAAAUCUUAACUGGCCCAGUCUGUCUUCAUACAUCAGUCCUGCCAUCCCAGGAAUCAGUCUGGCAAACCUUUGUUGCAUUCCCUCGUUAGCCAGAGUAUCCUUCCUUGGAUAAGGGGUAAGAAAUUGCACACAGUACUGCAGAUGUGGUCUCACCAAGCCUCCAUUUAAUUGAAGCAAGACAUCCCUGCUGCUGUAUUUGAAUCCUCUUCUUAUGAAGGCCAAUGCACCAUUUACCACCUUCACCUCCAGCUGCACUUGCACAUUAUUAUCUAUAAUCUACCAUUACAAUUACCCUCCCACUCAGUUUGUCCAAAUCCCACGGAUACAUCUCUGCAUCCUUCUCACAGCUCACCAGUUUUGUGUCAUCUGCAAACUGGAAGAUAUUACUUCUAGUUCCUGCAUCUAAAUCAUUCAGAGACAUUGUAAAUAACUGGGAUCCAAGCAUUGAUUCCUUUGGCACCCCAUUAGUCAAUGCUUAGCUCUUGGAAAAAGACCCAUUUAUUCCUACUUUUUGUUUCCUGUUUUCUAACUAUAUAAGCGCAGCAGGUCAGGCAGCAUCCAAGGAACAGGAAAUUUGACGUUUCAGGCAUAAGCCCUUC